AUGGAGGUUAGAGUUACCAAUGGUUUCGGUAAAAUAAAAUUCGUUCCCUAUCGCGACUCCGCGCUGACUUGGCUGUUAAAAGACUGUUUUACGGGUGGCGCGAGCAGUUUUAUUAUAGCCACUGUGUCUCCGAGUGUAGCGUGCUACGGAGAGUCGGCCUCCACACUCCGUUGGGCGGCCCGAGCUCGCCAGCUCCCGUCAACGAGCCCUCAACUCAGCGGAACCAUUGUUGCAUCCAAAGCAGAUCUACAAGCGCAAUUAGAUCUACUAAUCGCUGAAUUGGCCAACGACUAUAUACGUUAUGUACCAGAGACUGGAAAGAUAAGCUAUGAUGAUAUUCACUGGACAUUACAAAAGAACAGAAUAGUGGUGAAUUCAGAGAACAAAAUAGGCGCUUUUUUGGAUAUAAUGCAUCGGAAAUCCGAUUCUCGCAAUGAAGAGUCCUCAUCAUCAUUGGCUCUGAGUGAUAGUUCGGAUUUCAUCGGUGCAGAGGAUAAGAACAAGAUCACAAAUGAAAUCAACAAAGAGGUCGAUAAAAUCUUAGGGACGUCUUUAGAACGAACGAGUAGUGGAUGUGAUUUGAAAGUAGUUCCACCUCUACGACAUAAACGAAGAGAAUAUCGCUCUCAAGAAGUUUUACCUAUAAAUGAGACAAUUGAUCGUAAUCAAGAACAAAAUAUAGCUCAAAUCGUCAACAGCCAUAGUGAUAUACAAAUAAAUACAAACAAAGAACAAACCGAACUAAUCAAAGUCCCGCAUGCUUCCAUUAUUCAUGAAAAUCAAAGAUCUGAAAUUGUCGCAGCAGUAACGGAGAGAUUGUACUCUAAGCUUAAAAAGAAAGAGAUACCUGCUGUACAUAAAAUGGAAUCUAUAGUUGACAAAAAAAUUGUAGAGCCCUUGAGUGAAUUAAGAAUUUGCACAAAUGCUCGUCAACGCUUAAUAGAAUUGAGUCAAAAAGCUAUCAGAAACAAAAGAAAGAUUGGAAUACCUGUUUCAACACAGACUAGAAUGUCUGUGAUACGAGUCAAGGAUAAAGCAGUAGAUGUUCAAGCUGAUCUGGAUUCAUAUAUUGUCGAUAGAUUGAAGUCUUAUUCGCUAUAUCGUGACGUCGCUACUGAAACUAUAGCCAUGACCCCUAGAUGUAAAGAGCAAUCUGUGGGGCCUGCGUUUGGGUCAAUGCGAUUCCGUGAUUUCUCAACGCCAACGGAAAUUCAAAAAAACAGCUCGAAAAAUUCUUAUACGAUGACUGAUAUCUGCGGUCAAUGUGAUAACAGCACACAGACCCAAAUUUUACCACCUCCGAGACGUAAGAAACGUUGUCCCUCAUUUCCCAAAAACGUCAAUAAUAGUAAUACUUGGAACGUUUCAGAAGAAGCUACUGUGUCUCCAGUUAUAAGCAUUAAUAUAUCCCAAACAUAUCCAGUUGAUUCAGACUCGCAAAGUUCUGAUGAAAAUUCGAACACUGCAACAGACAAUUGUAAAGUAAGUCCCAAAGCAUCAACUCCUGAUUUGUUAACGAAUCACACUGCAGACGCUAUGGAUGCCGUUGAAAAUCAUAUAAGCGUCGAUGGUACCGAUAGUCGACAACUGAAUUUCCCGUAUUCACUUUCAUUAGAAGCCUCAGAUGUCUCCGAAACACAAUAUUGUGAACAUGAAUUUUCAGAUUCGGACGAACACGCAUUACCAAGAGUAAAAGUCGGUUCUUUGUGUCAAAACAAGUCCGACAUAAAAGACUUAAUUUUAGGACGAAACAAAAAUAUGUUUCCUUACAAUAUAAUGCUAUCUCCAGAAAAAGUCAAGGAUUCUUGCAAAAGAACGGUUUCAUUCAAAGAUUUCGAUAUAGAUCAUGCAAUGAAAAUGGCGACUAAAGCGAAUCAAUUGGAUCAUGAACACGAUACUUCUCUAUCAGAUUCUACUGGGUCAAGCAAAAUGGAAACGGAUUCAUUUAUAUGGAAAAGCAAUAAAACUCUGGGAUGUUCAAGAGGUCAUUACGUUCCUGUUUAUAAACCUUCAAAAUAUAAUACUACUAAAGCUCUAUAUAAUAAAGAUCUUUCACGUUUAGAAAAGCGUCUUGAAAACGAACUGACUCCAUUAUAUUGUAUCGGUAAUGCAUCAGAAAGGAACACUGAAGAUUGUCAUUCGCUGAAAAACAAUUACCACGAUUAUAAGAUUUUCGAAAACAUGAAUAAAAUGCUUGAACACAAAUUGAAUUCACGUCGCAAAUACGACUUUCCAACUAUUGAAAAGAACAUUCUUGCAUCAUGCGAAAAGCUUGAAUGUAUUGCGAAUAAAUAUGACGAUUACGUAUCUAAUAUUGAAAAGGUGAAAGAGAAUAGUCUCAAGAAGAGUUCUUUGGGGACGCCAACAGAAUAUUUGCAACGUUUAAUACAAAUAAGAAAAAGUGUAAUAAAAUCCGAAAGUGAAGAUACAGACAGCUCUUUGGUAUCCCACAAAUAG